AUGUUGGUAUUGGAGGAGAUGAGUCAAGCACUGGCGCUCUUCGACAGGUGGGGCGGGUCCUAUAACCUGCAAUUCCUGAAUGAGUGUGCUGACGAUGACCAGUGGAACGCAGCAUGGCACGCCUACUUGGACGGCACAGGAUCGCCGCGAGCCUUGAAAACUCGCACUCAGGAGUUGGCCAAAACGAGCUCCAGUCUGGCCAUGGGAACCCUCAUGAACGCAGCCCAAUUGAUAGAUCUGGUCCACAAAGUGAACCUCAUUUGUGAUGAGAAGCAUCUCGACCCUACGCAGACCGCGUCUCACACGAACCAGAUCGUAGAGGCAUUGCCUGAUCUUGGCCAGACAGUUACUGCUCAGGUCAAGACGACCGUCAGUAGUAUUGUUGAAACUUGUACUCACUUGUUGCACCACGGGUGA